GUAGGGUGAUCAUUUACUACAGUGGUGACCAGCAGCUGCCUGUCACUUUUAAUCUGGCACGGAACGAAAUUGUUCGACGCUGUAGCACUGAACACCCCACACUCCAAAGAUGGCAGAUGCAAACCAACAAAAUCCUCCUCCCCAGGCGGGACCUGUGCAAUUUUUAAUGAGCAACAAGCUGGAGACUGCAAUGUGGCUUUCACGACUCUUCACUGUCUACUGCUCUAUAAUGUUUAUUUUACCAAUCUUGGGACCCUAUGCAGCAGCUAACUUCUAUCAGAGAGCCUUGUUAGCAAAUGCCCUCACUAGUGCCCUUCGCUUACACCAGAGGCUUCCACGCUUCCAGCUGAGCAGAGCUUUCCUAGCCCAGGCUCUGCAGGAGGACAGCUGCCAUUAUCUCCUCUACUCCCUCAUCCUGGUCAACUCCUACCCCAUCACAAUGAGCAUCUUCCCAGUUUUCCUCUUCUCUUUGCUUCAUGCGACUACCUACACAAAGAAAGUCCUUGAUUCUGUGGGCCCGAGCAGCCUGAUGUUUGUUAGGAACCUGCUGGACAAACUAACAACUAAUCAGCAGAACAUCCUGAAGUUUAUUGCCUGUAAUGAGAUCUUCUUGAUGCCAGCGACUGUUUUCAUGCUCUUCAGCGGCCAGGGGAGCUUGUUGCUGCCUUUCAUUUACUACCGAUUCCUCACUCUCCGUUACACGUCCAGAAGAAACCCAUACUGCCGCACCUUGUUCACUGAGCUGCGAAUUCUUCUGGAGCACUUCAUCAUGAAGCCUGCCUGUCCCGCCUUCUUCAGGAGGAUGUGCCUCAGCAGUAUCGCCUUCAUCAGCCGUCUCGCCCCCACAGGGGUCUGAUUACGUAGAAAGCUUUGUGUCUUUUCAUGUUUUGUUUUUCCAACAAUGUAAGAUGUGACUUAAACUAUGAUGGGGACAGAUAUUGCCAUCAACGGAAGGAACUGUUUUUUGAAUGUCACCUUUGCAGUCUGUGCUCCAACUUUUCUGUAUAUUUGAGUACAGUUGAAGACCAGCCGGUAAUGAACUGAAGUAUCACGGUGAUUUUUUUGUUUUCCCAUCUUCUUAAUGUGACCUCUUCCAAGCGAUGGACACCCUCUUGCUUUGUUACACUCACUGAAUGGAACACGGUAGACAUCAGCCGUGUUCCUGUGUAUCGGCUGUCAUUGUUCUUUCCUUCUAUGUCAUUAUUUAUUCAUGAAAAUUGCUUAUUCUGUGACGAAACAUUAACAUUCUGAGAUUAGUAACUUAAUGAAAAUGUGCUUAUACAUAACUGAUAAUGUCCUUUCUUUGAAUAAUCAUGUUGUACUUUUACUUUGCUUUGCCAUUUCUACCUUCUUAUUUCUUAUGUCUAAUGCCUAAUUUAAAAUGUACUCCUUCAAUGCCAUCAACUCACCUGUUUAACAACAAGCAAAAUCUAUGUAGCUAUGAUGUCAAGAUGGGUGUUGGAACGAGAAGCGGAAUAUCUGCUGUAUUUUAUAGAUUAUCUUAAGGUACCAGACAUUUUUGCUGUAGGAUUCAUAUUUUAAAUGAUUUGCACAAUGCAUGUCAUGUUUUUGGAUGCAUCCUGACGCCGUUUCUCAGUUUAAGCACUGUUUCGAAUUUGCUUCAUUCAUUCAUGUGUUGCUAAAGAUACUUCUGGCUUAUUGCAUGUUCUGAUUUAUGUUAUGUUAAAUGUGUUUAUUUGCCUACAGACAAACCACAUUUUUAUGAAAAGAUUAAAGUUAUCUCUUAAUUAAAACAAUAAAAUAUCAAAGAACAGUUA